CUGCAUCAUUUGUCUUUUAAAUUUGUUCCAGAAGAAACGAAGAUCGGUCCGGAGAAGCAUCGAGGUGAACAGAGAAGAUGUCGGCUCACUACAGAUGGAAGAGCUUUGAAGAGAACGAAGACCGUCCUGAGAAGCCACGCCGUUACGGUGUUACGGAGAUGAGAGGUCCUCGUUACUCUGUUCUCAGCCAGAACGUUCUUCAGGAAAUCUUUGAAUCCAUGGGGCAGUUUGUUGACGGGUUGAAGUUCUCUGGUGGCUCCAACAGUUUGAUUCCAAAGUCAUUCCUCAAGCAAGCCAUUGAAAUGGCUCAUGAGCACGAUGUGUAUGUUAGUACUGGUGAUUGGGCUGAACAUGUUCUUCGUAGUGGUGGUCCUUCAGCUUUUAAAGAGUAUGUUGAGGAGUGUAAGCAGUUAGGGUUUGACACUAUUGAGCUCAACGCGAAUUUGCUUGAGAUUCCGGAGGACACUCUUCUACGAUAUGUUCGUAUGAUCAAGAACGGUGGUCUUAAAGCCAAGCCAAUCUUUGCUGUGAAGUUCAACAAGUCGGAUAUUCCUGGGAGGAGUAGAGCGUUUGGUUCCUAUGUUGUUCCAGAGCCUAGAUCAAGCGAGUUUGUUGAGGACAUUGAUCUAUUGAUAAGAAAGGCUGAAAGGUGUUUAGAAGCCGGGGCAGACACUAUUAUGAUUGAUGCAGAUGAUGUCUGUAAAUACGCUGAUUCUCUCCGAGCAGACAUAAUCGCUAAAGUCAUAGGACGUUUGGGAAUAGAGAAGACUAUGUUUGAAGCAUCUGAUGCCAAGUUAGCUGAGUGGUUCAUCAAACGUUACGGUCCAAAUGUAUUUACUCUUUCUCCUCUCUAUCAUUUCUCAAUUUCUGUUUAUAUGUUAAAAACGCUUCUCUUUUGUUUCUUGAUUUUCUUUCAGGUGAAUCUUUAUGUGGAUCAUUCUCAGAUAAUGGAUCUGGAGUGCCUCCGUGGUCGUCAUCUUGGUAAAGAUCACAAGUCCGUUCUCAGUUCCUCCUAUUUCUUGUUUUAAAAACGAUAGCUCUCCCACUACAUGUAAACCUGUGUGAAUUUCUCAUGUAUUAUGUCUUAUGUUAUGUGCUUCGUUGAUGGUGUAAGCAAGAAAACGUUUAGGAGAGUAUUGUGAUAAUCUCUCAGAUUGUAGUAAAGUAAUCCGCGUAAGGCUUUGUUUGUCUUAAGAGUUUCACUGACUGGAACACUUUAAGCAAAAAUAUAAUACCAGUUUCAGCA